AUGGCCAUCGCCGCCGGGUACGGGAACAGCAAGUUCGUCGACGACGCGCAGAUCGCGGAAGAAACGCGAGCGUUAAAUGAAAAAUUACGAGAUUCCAACACACGGACGAAAUUGGAAGGCUUGAAGCAACUCAUCGCGAUGAUGUCGACCGGGCGAGACGUGUCACAUUUUUUCCCCUCGGUCGUGGUAAACAUCGUGACGGAGAGCUUUGAAGUGAAAGCUUUAGUGUAUAUGUUUUUAGUGCGAACGGCGGAGCAGAAACCGGACGAGGCGUUGUUAUCGAUUAACUCGUUUCAGAAGGAUUUGGCGCACCAAAACGCACGAGUGCGAGCGGCGGCGCUGAGAGUGAUGUCGAGCAUUCGAGUGAAAGUGAUCGUGCCGGUGGUGGUUUUGGCGAUAAGGAAGUGCGCGGUGGACGUGUCGCCGCACGUGAGGAAGGCGGCGGCGCACGCGAUUCCGAAGAUUUUUCGGUUGGAUCCGUCGAGAGCGGAUGAUUUCGUGGAGGUUAUUGAAACUAUGUUGAGAGAUUCGACGCCGUUCGUUUUGUCGAGCGCGAUUGCGGCGUUUCAAGAAGUGUGCCCGCACAGAAUUGAUUUAUUGCACAGACACUACCGGAAGUUGGCGAGGAUUUUGGUGGACAUCGACGAGUGGGGACAGAUGUUGACGUGCGAGCUUUUGUUGAGGUACGCGAGGACGCAGUUUUUACCGCCAGACGGGUUUAAUCGCGAGUUAAACGUCGGUAAAGAUAACGAAAGUAACGAGGAGAUGUUGGAUAUUGCCGGUUUUAACGACGUGGAUGGGAACGGUGGAGGUGCGUCAGGCUACGAUCGACACGAUACGGGCGGGACGAAGGGGAUCUUGGCGCAAGCGGCUAACUUUUACGACGACGACGAGGAAGACUCCGACGACGAUUCUUCGAGCAGUUCAGAUUCGGACGAUUCCAAUUCCCGCAAAAAAAAGACGACGACGAAAGCGUCGAAGAAAAGAGGACCGGUGAAUCAAGGACCGGAGUUUUUGGACGACGACCACAGGUUGUUGUUGAGGUGUACGCGACCUUUGCUUCAAUCACAGAACGCCGGCGUCGUGUUGGCGGUGGCGUCGUUGCACUUUUACUUGGCGCCGAUCGCGGACGUUCCCAGAGCGACGAGAGCGUUGGUGUUCGCGGCGAGAACGAAACCGGAGUGUCAACACGUGCUGUUGAAAAACGCCGUGGCGAUGGCGGCGGUGCAACCUCGAUGCUUCCGUUCGCACUUUGAAGCGUUCUUUGUGCACCCGGGCGAUCACAUGGACGUUCGCGCGCUAAAAUUGGAAAUGUUGACGUAUAUUGUCACCGCGGAGAACGCGCCGAGUUUGUUGAGAGAGUUGCAAGCGUAUUUGCGUUCAUCUUCGCAAGAGUUUGUCGCUUUGACGAUUCGGGCGGUUGGUCGAUGCGCGGCGAUUAUGCCGCAAAUUGCUUCUAUUUGUAUCCGAUCGCUGUUAGAGUUGUCUUUGCACCCGUCCGAAACGGUCGCCGGCGAAGCCGUGGUUGUCAUUCGCGCGUUGGUGCAGAAAGCGCCGAAGGAACACGCCUCGGUCGUGGCGACGUUGGUGAGAAGAUUGGACCAUUUGCUCGCGCCGGCGGCGAGAUCCGCGGUCGUUUGGCUCGCCGGCGGGGAGCUGUUUUUGGACCAACAACAAAAAGCGAGCAGUGUGGAAGCUGGGACGUCGUCGUCGGCCGUGACAGUCGUCGCGGACGGUGGUAAAGAAUAUAAAAAGCUCGGCCAAAUGGACGCGAGUUGGAAUCGAAACUUUUUCGACCUCGCCUUGGCGGUGGUCACCAAAGCGAUGGCUCGAUUCCCAGACGAGCACGAAUCCACGCGUCAACAAAUCUUACACGCCACGUGUAAGAUGUACGUGAGAUACCCGAUCGAAACCGAACCGUUAUUGAGACACUGCUUGAACAUGGCGUCGAAAGAUCCUUCGGUGGAUAUUCGCGACCGGGCGAGAAUUUACGGCGCCAUCUUCGCGAAAACCGAUUCGUUAGACGACGAAAAGAAAGACGCGUAUCCGAGAUUGAAGAAACUCCUCUCCGAAAAGCUUUUGUUUUGCGAUAAGCCAAUCACGCGUUUACCGUCGCCAGCGCCGCCGACGUGCCCGCACCAACUCGGCUCUUUGUCGCAGUUUGUGGAACACGUCGCCAACGGCUACGCCGGGUUACCGAAACAUCCGAGAGAAGCGCCGCCAUCGUCCGUGAGAGACCGAACGUACGACACCGGAGGUAUCGGUGGUGGUACGACGACGUCCAAGUCGAAGAAGAGCAACCGCGGAUUCUACUCGAGCUCGGACGAAGACUCCUCGAGCGACGAAGACUCGAGCGACGACGAUUCCUCCGAUGAUGAUUCCGACGAUUCGGACGAUUCCGAUGACUCAUCAGACUCGGACGAUUCCGAUGACUCAGACUCGGACGAAAGUUCGAGCUAUGAUUCCUCGUCGUCGUCUGAAUCGACGGGUAGCGACGAUGACGACGAAAAAGUAGAGAAAGAAGAGAAAAAGGAAGAAGAAGCCGUAGAAACAAAAAAAGAAGUAGCAGAAAAGAAAGAACCGGAAACGGCAACCACCAUCGAGGAACCGCCAGCCGCGGAAAAAGAGGACGAAACGAAGAAGAGCGAGGAGAUGGAUUAA